AUGGGCCCCCGCGGGCGCCUCCUGGCCUGCCUCUGGCUGCUGGCGCUGCCGGGGGCGCGGGGGGCGCCGGGGGGGCUGCUGGCGCUGCCCGAGGACGCGGCGCAGGAGCACGGCUACUACCUGCGGCAGCUCUUCGGGCAGUACGGGGCCAACGGGACGCUGCCCUUCGAGGGGCUGGCGCGGCUGCUGCUGAGCCUGGGGCUGGGCCGGGUGCAGGUGGUGCAGAUCCAGCACGAGGAGCUCGGCCACGGCCACGUCAGCCACCUCGACCUCCUCGAGGUGCAGGAGGACAAGCACCGCCACCGCCACCCGGCCUGGGAGCACGGCGGGGCCGAGGCCAGCGCCCCGCCGCCCACCGCGGCCCCCGCGGCCUGGGGGCGCCCCGCCAGGUACCCCGGACCCGGGGCGUCCCCCAGCUUCCCAGGUCACCGCCCUGCCCGUCCAGUUGCACCGGAGCCUCCCGCAGUCCUGGAGCCCCCCUGGAGCAAGCAGGGGGUGAAGAUCUGGAGGGAGCCAGCACCCUCCGAGCCCCCCGGCUCCAGGGCCACCCCUGGGAGCCGUGGGGACCCCUCGGCGCCCUGGCGGGACCAGCCCAGCCUGAGCCUGCUGGGGAGGGUGCUGGGGCUGGACCACUCCGUCUACGGCCACCCGCACGAGGACUGCCUCAACGUGACGCAGCUGCUGCUGAAUUUUGGGCUGGCCUCGGUGGCCCGGCUCACGCCGGAGCAGUUCUCGCUGCUCUGCCCGGCCCUGCUCUACCAGAUCGACAGCCGCGUCUGCAUCCAGCACAGCGACGAGGUGACGCCGCCACCCCCGGGGGGGGCCCUGUGGCCAGCGCUGGGCUGGGGGCUGCUGGCCGUCGCCUUGCUCAGCCUGCCCUCCGCCCUGGCCGUGCUCCUCGUGCCGCUGCUGAGCCGCGGCGCCUUCCGCUCGCUGCUCUCCUUCCUGGUGGCGCUGGCGGCGGGGACGCUCUGCGGGGACGCCCUGCUGCACCUCUGGCCCCACGCCCAGGGGCGGCACGCGGAGACGCCGGCGCAGCUGGGGGCUGCGGAGCUUCGGCAGGGGCUGGCGGUCCUGGGGGGCAUCUACCUGCUCUUCCUCACGGAGCUGCUCCUGGGGAUGCUGCGGCGGCGCCGGGAGGCCGCGGUGAGAGCCGGGCGGGCGCCACGGCGGGCGCGGGGACCGCAGGAUCCUGCUGCGUGCCCGAUGCCCGGCUCUGCUCUCCUCCAGCAGCGCAGGGCAGCGAGCAGCUGCCCCCCAAGAGAGACCCCCUGCUCGGCUGCCCCGGCACCAGGGGCCGAGCUGCGGCGUCUGACGGCCCCCGAGCUAGAGCUGGGCCUCCCCGGGGCGGCCGAGCCCCAUGGACACCCCCACGGAGACCCUCAUGGACACUCCCACGGCCCCAUGCUGCCCUCCAGGCCAGGGGCCACCGACUUUGUCUGGAUGGUGGUGCUGGGGGACGGGAUCCACAACCUGAUGGACGGGUUGGCCAUCGGCACUGCCUUCUCCCACAGCCUCUCCGGCGGCCUCAGCACGGCGCUGGCCGUGCUCUGCCACGAGCUGCCCCACGAGCUGGGCGACCUGGCCGUGCUGCUGCAGUCGGGCGCGUCGCCCCGCGCCGUCCUGCUCCUCAACCUGCUCUCGGCCCUGCUCUCCUGCCUGGGGGCUGCGGCGGGGGCCGCCGUGGGGCAGGGUGCCUCGCACCUCGCCCCCGGGCUCCUGGCCGCCGCCGCCGGCCUCUUCCUCUACGUGGCCCUGGCCGACAUGCUCCCCGAGGUGCUGCGGGGCGCCGAGGCCGCCGCCGGCGGCUCCUGGGGCCGCUUCGCCCUGCAGAACGGCGGCUUCCUCCUGGGCAGCGGCAUCAUGCUGGGCAUCGCCCUGCUCGAGGGCCGCGUCAGCGCCCUGCUGCAGCCCUGA